AUGCGGUUCAUGAGCACCGGCGCGACCCAGCGCAGUGCGCUGUACGAUCUGCACAAGAAGCACGGCGCCACCUUCGGCCCGUUCGCUGGCUGGGACAUGCCCCUGCUGUACGCCGACCAGGGCGCCCUGGACUCGCACCUGCACACCCGCAAGCACGCCUCGAUCUUCGAUGUGUCGCACAUGCUGCAGACUCGUGUUGUUGGUAAGGACCGCCACAAGUUCCUGGAGCACCUCGUGGUCGCGGACCUGAAGGAGCUGCCUGUCGGCGGCUCGACCCUGUCGCUGUUCACCAACGAAAACGGAGGUAUUGAGGACGACACGAUCAUCACCCAGCAGAAGGACUCGCUGUACGUCGUGUCCAACGCCGGCUGUGCCGACAAGGACUGGGCGCACCUGCAGAAGUACGCCAAGAUCUUCCAGGACAAGGGCGCCGACGUCGAGGUUCUGAAGAUCGAGGACCACUCGCUGAUUGCGCUGCAGGGCCCUGCCUCGCAGAAGGCGCUCGAGCAGCUUGCCGGCGUCAGCCUGAGCCAGAUGCCGUUCAUGACGGGCCAGUUCCUGGAGCUCAACGGCGUUCCGUGCCACGUCGCGCGCUCGGGCUACACCGGCGAGGACGGCUUCGAGCUCUCGCUGGUCCUCGGUGCCCGCGACUCGCUGCGGCUCGAGGCUGGUCUGUGCCUGUACGGCUCCGACAUCGACUCGACCACCACCCCGAUGGAGGCUAACCUGCGUCGCCGUGCCGAGGGCGGCUUCAUUGGCUCCGACGUCAUUCUGGACCAGAUCGCCAAGAAGGGCAGGCGUGCCCACUCCAAGGUCCUGUCGGUUGAGGGCGAGGAGAUCGGCGAGAUCACCUCGGGUGUCCCUGCCCCCUCGCUGGGCAAGAACAUCGCCAUGGCCUACGUCAAGAAGGGCUUCAACAAGAAGGACACCGAGCUCAAGGUCAAGGUCCGCAACCGCAUCCAGAACGCCAAGGUUGUCAAGAUGCCGUUUGUCCCGGCCUGGCUACCACAAGAUCUAAAAAAUCUUUACAUAGCCCAUGUCCUUUGGCCACCAUACUUUACAUAA